AUGCCACUGAAACGCACCAUCCUGGAAUCUAUGAACGUGAGUUGCACAGAUACAGCAGUUGUGAAAGAUGUCAAAUCUGCCAUUGUGUCCGACUUCACCAACAGAUACCCAGACUCUGACUCAACACUUGUGCAGUUUCUUCAUAUGAGUACUGCACUUGACCCACGUUUUAAAUCUCUGCCGUUUCUGGAUGAGACCAUGCGCAGAAUCGUCUUCAACAGCCUGAUAGAGAAGAUUCUGGAAUACCAUCCCUCACAGGCCCAAGCCUCAAAGGAGCAGUCAGAAGUGGCAUCCAGCAGUGAAUAUGAUCCUCCACCCAAAAGAGCACCAAUCGCGGAACUGUUUGGAAAGUUAUUUCCAGUGGAGACGAGCACACCUGCAUCCAAGUCUCUGUCUCAAAUGGUGAAAGAGGAGGUCCAGCGUUACAAGGAAGUGCCGACUCUUCAAGUGGAGUCAAAUCCACUUGCAUGGUGGAAGGACAAAGAGAGCCAGUUUCCCCAUUUAGCCAGGUUGGCUAAAUCCUUCCUUGGAGUCCCUGCAACAUCAGUCCCCAGUGAGCGAGUGUUCUCUACAGCAGGGGACAUUGUUACAGCACAGAGAGCAAGCCUCUCACCUGAGAAUGUGGACAUGAUGGUAUUUUUGAAGAAGAAUUUAACAUUUUAG